AUGGCCGCGGAUCCAAACGACGAUAGCAUCUGGCAAUACUCCUGCAGCACUGCUCUUGCCAUCGUUGUGGCGAUCAUAUUCCUCUUUCCAACAAUAGUGCUAGCAUGGCAGACAUUCUUCAAAUACCGUUCGUGGUUCUUCCUCUGCGUACUCAUUGGCUCGGCGCUCGAGGUCGGGGGAUACAUCGGCCGAGCUGUGUCGAGCAGACGGCCGACUGAGAUUCCUGCAUAUGCCACCUCCGCAACGCUCAUCAUUGUUGCCCCAAUCUUCAUAGCCGCCGGCAAUUACCUCCUCAUCGGCCGCCUAAUUCGCGCCGUCCUCCCCUCGACCCACCACCGCAUCUUCCUCAUCCCCGCGCGCUUCAUCACACGUACCUUCGUUGCCUGCGACAUCAUCUCCUUCCUCAUCCAAGUCGGCGGCACGAGCUAUGCGUCGUCGGAGAGCUGGGAGGGCCAGGCGGCGGAAAACGGGACAAAUGUACUGAUUGCAGGACUGGGGACCCAGGUUGCGACUUUCGCGUGGUUCCUGGCGAUCGUGAUGCGGUUCUGGUGGUGUACGAGGAGCAAGGUGGGCGUGAGGAGUGAUGCGCCGAAGGGGUGGUUUAGGGUGUUGCAGGCUAUUUGGGUGUCAAGUUCGCUGAUUCUUGUUCGCUCCGUGUAUCGAGUCGUUGAAUUCGCGCUGGGUAUCUACGGGUAUCCCUUUACGCAUGAGUGGAUCUUCUACGUCUUCGAAGCGCUGCCGAUGCUGCCUGCUAUCGCAGUGUUUUGCUUCGUCCAUCCAGCGAAGUAUUUGGGACGGGGCGGCGGGCUGGGCAUGACGGAGCGGGCAGAGGGGACGGAGCUUAGAGACAACGAUGUGUUCGUGGCUCACAGCCUUGGUCGACGCCGGGACAGCAAGUAG